AUGGCGCAGCCCUCACUGCCGCAGCCCCCCCUGCCGCAGCCCCGAUCGCGGGGCGACUGGGCGGCACCCCCUCAGCUGCGCGGCGAGGCUGUUCUCUACUCUUCGCCGCUUUCGCAUUUCCCACAAGUCCCCGCAUUCCGCCGGACUCCAGCGCUAGCCGCCUCUGCGCAUGAACCCGUCGCUUCAAACGGCGUCUUCUCUCUCCACGACUCGCCCGCAGAUGCCGCCUCCACAGGGAGUGGCCGAAACAUCCCCCGGGCGGAGCGAACGGAGCGAGGGGAGGCUGACGCCGAGAAAGCGCAUGCAACUCUCAGGGCUGCUGGGGAAAUGGUCAGAUACGCAGCAACGCAGUGGGAGAGGACUGCUUCCCAGACUGAGGCUCUCGUCGCCGCGCUCAAGCUUUCGUUGGAGAAGGAAGAAACGAGUCGACACCGCGUUCAAGAACUCGAGGCGCAACUGACCGCGCAAGAGCGACGCAUGGAGCUCGAGGAGCGACGGAGGGAAAUCGAGCGUCAAGAGGAGGAGGAGAAAAACGCUCUCGCUUCCCACGUGGCUAGUCUGCAGGACCAGCUGCGCGCUGCCUCGAACACCGCCGCCGAGCAACAAACGAAAGUGGAGUCGGAGCUCGCCGUCCUCCGGGGCGAGUUGCGGCGAAGAGAAGAAGAAAUCGCGGAACACAUGUUGCAACUGGAGAAGGUCCACGUCACCAAUCAGGCUCUGCAGCAACAGGUGUCUGAGCUUUUGGCGUAUCGGGAAGGCAGCGGGGCGCCGCGGGAGGCGAAGAGUCCCGGCGCUGCGUUUCCGUGGUCUCCGCUGACACUGGAAGGCUCUGUCGGUUUGACGAGCGUCGAGAGACAACAACGCGUCGAGGCGUUGGACUCGGCGAUGGCGACUUACGCAGCGCAGAUGAAGACGCAGCUUGCCUCUCUCCGGUCUCUCUUGGACAGUCAGGAGGACGCGGAGAAGGCUGAAACCCAGCAGGCCGGGAAGGCGAGAGAGGCGCAAGAGCGCACGCGCGAGAACGAGGAGACAGAGAGGCGCGCCUUGGAAGAGUUGGCGAAGACGAAGGCGCAACUCGAGGCCGCGGAGCGACGCGCUGAGGAGCUAGGGGCGAGGGCCGAGGCACGGCGCCACGAAGCGCAGACGCAGGCCGCCGUCGCCGCGCGUCUUGCGGCAGCGGAAGAGAAGCUGAAGACGCUGGAGGAGGCGAAGGAGGCACAGGCGAUUGCGAGUGCCGAGAAGGCAGCCGAACUCGAUUCGCUCUUGGAGACGGCGCGGGGAGAAGCGCUGGCGUGGGCUGCGGAGCGCGCCGAGCUGACGAAGAAGAACUACGAACUGGAGAAGAAGAACGACGAACUGGAGAAGAAGAACGACGAACUGGAGAAGAAGAACGACGAACUGGAGAAGAAGAACGACGAACUGGAGAAGAAGAACGAGGAGGUGGAGAGGGAACUCGCGGCUUUGCGGGAGAGUGAGGAAGCGCGGCGGCGGUUGGAGGCGGCAGCUGAGGAGCAGAGGGUGAAGGCGAGAGAGGUGGAGGAGGCGAUGGAUGAAGAGCGCGCUCAGCACCAGCUAGAGAAGCAGCAUCUGCAAGAGAGCCUGUCGGAAGCGAAUGCGCGUCUGAGUGAGCGGGCGGAGGAAGUGUGCAGGUUGCAAGAGACUCUUGGAGCGACGCAGGCGCAGCUGGAAGCGGCCGAGAAGGCGUUGCAGGAGGAGCGGACAGCGCACGAGGCGAACAAGACUUCUCUGGAGGGUGCGAGGGAGGCGUGCGAAGCCCGGCACCGGCGCGAGUUGGCCGAGCGCGCGGAAAGGGAGAAGAAGGACCAAGAGGAGAGGCGUGCCCUGGCGGAGGAGGUGUCCGGAUUGAAGGCGCGUGAGGCGGAGGCGAUCCAGCGCGCGGUUACGGAGCAGCGAGCGGCGAUGGCGGAGGAGCGCGGGAAGUUUGAGAAGAUGAUUGCGGCGCUUCGGCGGCUUCUCAGAGAGGCCGAGAGUGCGCUGGAGGCGUCGCAGGCGGAGCAGCACGCGUUGCAGAAGCGCUUCGCAGAGGAGCAACCGGUACUCGUCGAUCUUCAGCUGAAGGUGAACGUGAUGCGGGCGGAGAUUUGCAGUCUCGAGCGAGAGAGAGACGCUGCGGCGAAGGCGAACCAGGCCCAGGAAGAGACGCUGCGGCUGUCGCUGGAAGACGCACGCGCGCGUCUGUCUCAGCACGAGUCGGCUCUGGAAGAGACGAAGCGCGAACAGGCGCGCGAAGGCCUCGUCGCGCGGGCUGCACAGCUGAAAGUCCACAUGUUGGUCGGCCGCCUGACGCAGGUGGAGAGAGAGAAACGGGACCUGGAGGAGCGGUUGAAACAGGAGAAGCGCGAGGAAGGCGACGGCGAGACUUCCGAGGUGGACUUUGCAGACGCGAACGAGGAGUUUCUUUCGCCGCUGCUGGCGCCGCGUGAGGAGCGGGACGCCUCCGAGACGCUCGAGAACGCCGCGCCGCCGAGCGCAGAGGCCACGGAAGAGGGGGAAGGGAGGCGAGGACGGGGGCGCAGGCGGAAAGCGGAAGGAAAAAAGCAAGAGACUCCAGAGACGACUCCAGGGGAGACGCAGGAGACACAUGCAGACGAGACGAUGGAGUCGGCCUCGCCGAAGAAGGAACGCAGCGCCCAAAGAGUGGACGAAGAGCAGGCGAACACGCCUUCGAACGGAGAGAACCAAGUCGAUUUCCCCACGGAGGACGCGGCGCAGAAGGCGGAGACAGGAAAGGACGGCGAGUGCGCGUCUUCGCAAGCUCGCAGCCGAGCGAGAUCGUCGUCGCCGCCUGGAAGCUACCGCCCCCUGAAGAAACCAAAGGGCGAGGAAAGUAAACGCGAAGACGGCUCUGAAAGCGGUGCGCCUCUCGACCGUCUUGCUCCUCAGGGUUCUCCGCUUCCUCAGUCGGCGUCUCUCCCCGUCUCGGAAACACUCGCUGUUGUAACGAGCGCUCCUGCAGGCGCGGCAGACGCCGCAGAAGUCGGAGCGCCUGAGGAAGGCCCGCGCAGAGGCAGGCGGACGCCGAGAAGGGAGAAGAACCAGGCGGAAAAAAGGGAGAAGAAGACAGGAAGUCAAAGUCCUGAGCGAGGCCUGCGCGCGUCGUCUUCGGACGAGGGCGAACGUCAGGACGGAGCGUCGCCACGUGCCUCGCGGCGGUCGGUUCACUUCUCUUCGGCUCUGGCCUCCGCCGCAGCUGCUGACGAAGGCGCCGAAGCGGCGCGACCUGGAAGUGGACGGAGAAGUAGACGCAGUCGGCGCGCGUCGGUUGACAAGGUGUCUCCUUCAGAGUCUCCCCAGCUGCGCUCGUCGUCCCCUGUGAAACUGUACCUUCCGCUGUCGCUCGCGUCGUCUGGGAACGUGGAAGCUUCUCGGGCUCUGAACCCCGAGGCAGGCGAGACAGCCGCGUGCGUCGAGGGAGAUCCAGCGACGGCGUGGCCUUUGAAGGACAGCAGCAGUGGAGAGGAAGAGCGCGCAGGGAGGGUCAGACCCGCAGCCCGAGGCAGGCGAAGAAAAGAAGUGGAGGACGAGAAGGAAGAGAAAGAAGCGCCACGUCGCGAGACAAAGGGACGAGCAGGCAAAGGCAGACGCCACGCGACAGUCUCCGACGAAGACGCAGAAUGA